CCCCGCCCGGUGCGUGCCCGCCGCUGACGUCAGCCCCGCUCCGAGCCCCAUAUAAAGCCCCGAGCGCGGCUCCGGCUCAGCCCCGCGGGGACGGACGGAGCUCCGCACAGCGCAAGGCGCCCAGAGCUCAGAGCAGCGGUACGGGCGGUGCGGGACGAAGCGGGGCGGGACGGGGCGGGACGGGGGACGCUCGGCCCCAGGGAAGCCCCGUCGGGUGCGGAUUCCGCGCUGACCCGCUGCCCCGUAGGUGCGGACGAGCCGAAAUGCGGCGGGCGCUGCUCACCGUUCUGCUGCUGCUGUGCCGCCCGUUCCCCGCCGCCCCCCGCCCCGCCCGCCCCGACGGUCCCGACGUCCCCGGUUCGGGGAUCCCCGCUGCGGAGGGGAGGUCCGAAGCACUGUGGCCGCCGCUGCCCGCGGAGCCGUGGAGGGCGAGGAGGGACGACCCGCCGCUUUCCAUCGACCUCACGUUCCAUCUUCUGCGGCACCUCCUGCUGCUCGCCCGCGCACAGAGCGAGCGCGCCCGCGCCGACACUAACCGCCGCAUCCUCGACGCCGUGGGACGCUGAGCCCCGCGCCGGCACCGCACCGCGCCGGGACCACUCUGAUGGGUGCGCGGCUGCGGGACUGCCCCUCGGGACGGCUCCGCUCCGAUUUUGUAAUAAAACGCUGUAGAAAAGCCGUAGCGUGGACUCGCGUGUGGGACAUC